UUGGGGUAUCGUAAUUGCUCAAUAGAAAGUCCCCUCCAAGGCUUAUUGAGGUGUGGCCAUUAUUGUUAUCAACGGUAAUUUUCUUAACAUUGGGGAAAAGGGCAACUGUUUUGAGUGUACGGGGAGAUAGUUUCCUGGUUGAUAAGUGCUAGUUUAUGUGAUUUUCCAAUGGCGGCUAUACGCAAAAAGUUAGUGAUUGUAGGUGAUGGUGCCUGCGGAAAAACCUGCCUUCUAAUAGUUUUCAGUAAAGACCAGUUUCCAGAAGUAUAUGUACCUACAGUGUUUGAAAAUUACGUGGCUGAUAUUGAAGUUGAUAAUAAACAGGUUGAGUUAGCACUAUGGGAUACAGCCGGACAGGAAGAUUACGAUAGGCUUCGACCGUUGUCAUAUCCAGACACCGAUGUUAUUCUCAUGUGUUUUUCCAUUGACAACCCAGACAGUUUAGAAAAUAUCCCAGAGAAAUGGACACCUGAAGUAAAACAUUUUUGUCCAAAUGUUCCAGUAAUUCUGGUUGGCAACAAGAAAGAUUUGCGUAAUGAUGAUAACACCAGAAAAGAAUUAGCAAAGAUGAAACAAGAGCCUGUAAAAACUGAAGAGGGGCGCGCCAUGGCAGACAAAAUACAGGCAUUCCAGUACUUGGAAUGCUCAGCGAAAGCCAAUGAAGGUGUACGAGAAGUAUUUGAGACGGCUACGCGUGCUGCACUUCAGGUCAAAAAGAAGAAGAGGCCAAGGUGUCGAAUUCUCUAAUCUGUUUGAAGUGCUCUACUUUUUUUUUUUAAAUCGCAUCCAACACACAAGUCGCUGAGGCGUAUUACUGAUACAUUGCCACGAACGGCUUGCGGAUCUUUUUCCAUGUACACAAACAUCCCAGUUUCCAUUUUGUCGCGUGGCCAUUACAGGACUGAACAGUAACUGUUGGAAUGUUUCCAAACUGGGGGAAUAGUGUCCUUAUCAUGCGAGGCUACAAAAUACUACUAAUCCUGAUUAUAAUUAAUAGUCUUUUCUCCGAGGGGAUAUCUGUUCUCCGAGGGUAUAGCUAUGUGGUAUUUGCUGCUCUAACUGCUAGAGGCAUAAUCAGUUUAUUUUGUAGUAUGUGUAACUGUGUGUAUGAUUAAGCUACAGUAAAUGGAUGCAUUGCAGGGACCAUAUCCUAAUGGUUUAAUUCUUGUGUAAAAUGUAGGAUAAUACUUUCAUGUGAAAUGUAAUCUUAGUUAUGGAUCCUUGAAUCUGCGUGCUUUUUUUUGUUUUUUUUUUUUUGUUGAGGUUCUCAUACAAUUUUUUGAAAUGUUCAUAUCAAAACAAUACUGUACACUUUUUGUUAUAACCCAGAUGUCUUUGUAUUGUUACUUUGUUGAACCGAUGAUUAAUAAUAGAUCAAUAAUUUAAUUUCUCUUUUUCUACCGAUGUUAUUUAAUAUCUUGAAUUAAUUUUUUGUCAAAUCACUUAAGGAAAUGAAAUUAUUAAAGUUGAUGUAUCCCCUUAGAAAUCUAGAUUAUUCCAAUGUAAUAUCAAAUCUAGUUUCCCCUAAAACAAAUUUCAAAUAUGAAAGGCACACAACAUUAUGGUGUUGUUUAUUGAAGUUGUAGUAAAUGAGACAAAAAGUAGUAGUUAUAGUUCAUAAUUUGUUUUUGUAACACUGAGUCUUGUAAUCAAAUACUCAGUGUGUUUGGUUUACGUACAAUAGAAUGUCCCACACGUACACAUAAGCCGGUGGGGUAGAUUACUAACUUAAAUUGGUAUCUCUUUUGUUUUUUGUACAGAUAACGAAUGCAGCCUGUGUGAAAAUGCACUAUGAUCCUUGUGGAUAUUUACCUUAUCCAUGUGGAUAUUUUUAUUAUUGUGUAUCAAGAUUCUAAAUCUCUUACUAUUAUUAUUAUUAUCAUUAUUAUUGCCGUUAUUAUUUUUAUAUUGUCAUUUAAUACAGGAAUAUUAGUAUGGAAGUAGUAAGUGUCGUAAAACCUGGUUUAAUUUUAUUGGUGAAUUAAAUCGUUUGCCAAUGACAGUGACUGGAGUUGUAGGGUUUGCUACUGAGGCUGAUAAAACAACCAUAAGCUGGUGAAGGCAUGGAAAACGAUCUCCAGUUUCAUUCAUUGGGAAUAUUAUAUAUCAUGGCUAACUGCCUUUUAAUUUGCCAAUGUUUUAAACAGUCUUUGUUAAUUUGGUAAUUAGCUAAUUAAUAGCAAAAAUAGUGUCUUAUAACACACACCAACAUUCAUCGAUAUUAUUAAGUGGCCCAUGUUUGCGGGAAUCUUAUAAACUUUACUGGCAAUAUAUUGCCUGUUAUUAAGAUUGUUGUAGUCAAAAAUAUUUCAGCCUGUUCCCAGUAUUCUGUGUGAAAUUAAACGUCAAAAAGAUAUGCUUACUUCCAAAA